CAAAACAGUCAAAACAAUCGCCGAAUGCAAUAGUUAAACAAAUAACGAAAUAAAAUUUAACUCCCAGGUGUACCGCGAUCGUUUUAUUUUAUUGACUGCCAAUUUUUGCAGACUUAUAUAUUCGGUUUACCCACCACAUCACAAUAUAUAUUCUGUAAUAUAAGCGUGUAUUGGGAUAGUACUCGUAAGUACAUACAUAUCUAUAUAUAUAGGUACCUAUAAAAUAUAUCCUGAAAAUGAAAUUCGUAACGACUAUUGCUGCAGUCGUUCUACCAUUGCUCCUGCUGCUUGCGAUCAAGCCAAUUAAUGCUCGUAUUUUGAGAUCCAUUUGGCAAAGUUUAACCAAUACUAAGCCGGUCAAAAAUUACAACGUUCCGGAUCAACAAGACGUCGAGGUCGUAAGUGAAGAGAUCGAUCAGCCUGGAGAUUUAGACGAUCGAUCAUUGUUUGUCGAUGGUACCAGUUUAGAUUUUAUCUAUUGGAACUCAGACCUCGGAAAUAAUAAAUCAAUAUUAAUUGAAUUUGGCAAUGAAAAACAAAUAAUCGAAUAUUGGAUUAGAGGUAAACCUUUAAUAGUUAUUACGCAUGGAUGGCGUGGUUCAGAUGAAGACGACAAAGGAGUAUUUGCUAUAAAAACUGCAUACGUGGAUGCUGGAGGAUUCAACAUUAUCACCGCGGACUGGAAUCGAGUGGCAAAAAAUAUACUAUACCCAAUGCCGGCCUAUUUAACUGUUCAGGUGGGUUCCGUAGUCGCCAAAAUGUUGGAAAAUGUUGUUAACCUUGCAGUGAUUGACCCGUCAGAUAUUCAUGUUAUUGGCCAUAGUCUCGGUGCGCACGUGUCUGGGGCAUGUGGUGCUGCGUUCAGUCUUGGGAAAAUUGGCAGAAUUACAGGUUUAGACCCGGCUGGUCCUGGAUUUGAGUAUGUGUCAUUACGUUCAGAUUACUUAGACAGUACUGAUGCAGCAUUUGUGGACGUGAUCCAUACGGCAGCGGGUACAGCUGGAUACUCAAAACCCAUAGGACAUGUAGAUUUUUAUCCAAACGAGGGGAACCCACCUCAACCAGGAUGUUUAGAAUCAUAUACGCCGAGUGGAUUAUUAAAUCUCAUCGGUUGCAGCCAUUCAAGAUCUCAUCAAUUUUACACCGAUUCCAUAUACCAUAGAUACACAUUUAUAGCUACAGAAUGUACUUCGUGGGACGAGUAUACGAGUGGUCAAUGUAAAAAUAAUAAUAAAAGUCCUAUGGGACAUGACGCAAAUCCAAAAGCAAGAGGACUUUUUUAUCUGAAGACCAACGCUGUUGCCCCUUAUGGAAUGUCGUGAGUUAGGUACACCAUGAAAAACAUAAACUAUUUACACUCUUACAUACGAUUUUAUUUUUAUACCUAUUAAUGUACAGUUUGCUUACUAUUUAUGUAUUAUUCUGUUUUUAACUAAGAUGUGUAUGCUUAUGAUUUAUUUAAGAUUCAUGUCAAAUUUAUAAACAGUUUUUAAAUAUAUAUGCAUACAUUCAAUUGUAUGACUCGACUAACUAACUAUAUACAAUAUUGUAUAUCACAUUUAUAGAAGACAAAAUAUGUCUUAUACUCAUAAAAUAUGAACUAAAAAUAAUUGUUUUAAUUGUAUAAA